AAUGUUUAUUUAAUAUAAAUUCAAAUAAAUUACAUUCCAAAUAAUGUAUGCAUUUGAAAAUUACAUAAAGUGACAUCUAUUUUAUGGAGAACAAACAAUUUUCUUAAACAACUUCAUUAUCGAUGAAGUUGAUUGCACAUUAUACAUAUGUAAUUACGAGUAAAAAGCUAAGCUAUGUAUUUUAUAUUCUUUUAUUCAUAAUAAUGUGUAUUAUUAUAAAUAAAUAAAAUGAAAAUUUAAAAUACAUUGUUUAAUCAGUAAUUGAGCAUUUACAGAAAGAGGGCACUAUCUGAUGUGAUACUGGUCCUCUCUAUAGCAUAGUAAGCAAAUGGCUUUAAAAUUCAAACUUUCACAUAACCGUAAGAGUUGUAUUUCUUUUACAUUAUUGUUAUAAAAUGAUUGAGAUACCCACUGGUUAAAGUGUUUUUUUUAUACAUUAAUUAAUAUAAGCUAAUUUCAUAUAUAAUUGUUAUUAACUUGAUAUUAAGGUAAUGGCCGUAAGCGCAUCUUUUCAUCGUAAUGUAUUGUUAUUGUCUGAAAUAAUUCAACCUAAUGAUGAAUUCAAGAAACAUUUCCGAAAGGGAAUGUUUGAUAAACCUAACACAGCUGGCUUUAUACAUGUUUCCCACUAUUUAUUAACAAUAUACGAUUCAGAGCGUUUUAAAAAAUUGAUUGAAUGGCCAAUAAUUUGUAAAAAGACUGAAGUGAAAUAUCGUAACAGUGUUAAAAAUUAUUUAAUAAGUAUAUCAGUGGAAAACCCAGAUAUUGGUUUCCCAAACAUACUUAUGUCUCACUUAAUUCAUGCUGGUGGAAAUAAAUUUACAAUUAUCAUGUGGAAAUUAUCUCAAGUAGUACUAAGAAAAUAUAUUGCACGAGAAACUAGUUACAGUGUUAUGUUUGCACCACAAGCAAGAAACAAACCAUGUUUAGCAAAAAAAUUUAUUCAAGAAACUAAUCUAAAAAUCAAGCAUAAUAUUUCUAAUCAUCACAAAAAUUUAUCAGAAAUGGAAAAUGCAACUAAAACUAUUUUAGAGGAACAGAAGAAAAAAUUAUCUAAUAUUGUAACAGAAAUUUUUGAAAGAGAACAGUUCAUUGAAACUCUUUUAAAUGAAGCACCUGUUCAUCCUACAAUUAAAAAAUGCUUAAGGAAUAUAAAUGAUGAAGAAGUAAUAAAAAUGUGGCAAAUGAACAUAACUGAUGGAAUAAACCGCAUACAGAAAAAAAAUGCACUUUUGAAAAGUAUAGAACAGCUUGGUUUUAAAGUAAAUAAUAUAGUAUUGAGUAAUAGUAAUAAUGUUAAAGUGUUAGAUGCAAAACAGAUACAAAAGAUAAAUUGCUCAAAAAUUUCAGAAUUAUUUUCUAUAGAUACACAAUGUCUUCUAUUUCAAUCAUAUAAAAACGAUAAGUUAAUAUUAAACAACUUUAUUGUAUUAUUCAAUUCUCUCUUAACUCAAUUACAUCAACUACUGAAAAUAAAUACAGAAGAUAUAUCAAAGUACUUAUUACAAGUAGAGGCAAGUUGUGAAGACAUGAAAGCAGCACUCAAUAUUAUUCAAACAUAUGUAUCAGACAUCGCGAAACUCUUAUCCGAAUCACAAGAUAUGUUAUAUCAGAAUGAUUUAUCACAAGUUUAUGACGAUUCUGCAUUACCUGUGAUGAGCAAUGUACUUUUAAUGGUAUCUCCUCUUAUAAAAUUUGAUACCAACUAUACUAAUGAGGAAUGUGACCUACAGAAACGAUUGCAACUUACUCCAGUAGAAGGUAUACACAAAUCACUAUUUUCACGAUAUGAACGUCUGAAACAAAAUCAUGAAACACAUAUUUCAAAGCUAAGAGAAAAUUUAUUUGUAUCACGAAUUAAUUUUGACGAUACAAUUUCAACUAUAAAUAAUGAAAACCCAUCUUUACAUAUGCAAACAAUAUUUAGAAGAAAUUUGUCGUCUUUAAAACCAGCGAAAAAGUAUUCUCGAUUAUUUUCAAAUCGUACAAAAAGAAGUAACAGAAGAGCAGCAAAUUUAAGUAUAAUGUCUAUGCCUUCUUCUUCAGAAGCAAAUUCAACUGCAAUUGUAAAUGCAAUUGAGGAAAUGCAUGAUGUGUCACAGCUCAAUUUAAACACGUCAGCAAAGAGUCCUUGUAAUAUCAAUGUAGAAUUUGCUACCCCUGACAAAUUAACUGUCAAAGAAAAUAAGCUUGAAAACACACCGGAAACGGGAAACGUACUACAAGAUUUCCAAAAUAAAAUCAAUAUACUUGAUAUAUGUGAAACAAUGGAGGUAGAAAUUAAUAAUGAUUAUGACAAUAAUCCUAUAAAGACUGAGGAAAAAAAAAGGAGGAGACAUUCGAUCAGUGAUUUAGUUGACCGUUAUAAAAAACUGCUCGAACUCAAUAAUCGUUCGCCAAGUUCUCAAAUCAAUUGUGUAAAAUAUAACAAUGAAUAAUUAUAAGAAACGACAAUUGGCAAUGUAACAUGAAAAGAAAUACAUUUUAUAUCUUACUUAA